GAACAGGCUCCAAAUUCGCAGCAACAACCGCAACAGCAACAACAACAACAACAGCAACAGUACAACAACCACAAUAUCAACAACAACAACAAUAACAACAACGAUAACAAUACAGGCGGAAGUGCAACUCUAAUUGGCGGCAACAACAACAGCUGGGAGGAGGCAGGAUUAGCCGAGGGCGGCAAGGAUCAUAGGGGCAUGGUUAGUCGCCUGUCGCGACGUUUCCGGCGCUACUGCAAGUUCCUCGCCCACUCGCCCUUUCACUCCCGAAGGGAGAGUGACGGAGAUGGCGAGGCCUCGGGUUCAGCGGCCGCCUCUGCGGUGGGCAGCUCCAUGGAGCAGCUAACGGGGGGGAAGCGUAGGCGCAGCAGCAGCAUCGGUAGCGCCGGCAGCCGGCUGAAAAUGCGGCUGCGACGCUGCACCUCCUCACCGGGCUAGAGAGAAAGAGAGAGAGUGAGAGAGCAGGACCACUAAUACCUGAGAUCACUACAGGUGAUCCCUACCAGAGAGUGCUACCAGCCAGCUACAGAGACAGAGAGAGAGAGAGAGGACAGACUGGGAGUGAGUAAACGACGACGGCAGGAGAUGGGAAGAGAAAGGAGAAAGCAGAAAGCAGAGAGUUGGAUUAGAAUAGAAAAAAAACGUUGACGGUUGUUGAUAAAUAAUUGAGAAUAUUUUAUUUAAUCAACGGUAUAAUUAAUUCGAACUAAUUAUGUAAUAUUAAAACAUACAAAAAGUAACAAAAAAACAUUAACAAAAAAAAACUUUAUAUAUGUUUGUAUGUGUGUAUAUCA